AACAGCAAGUUUAAAGCAUUUCCUAAAAAACAAAGAUUUGAAGCGCUGAGAAAAUCUGGAAAAACAAUGGGCAUUGAAAGCGAGGAAUUCAGAAACCAACAAGGAAUCGAUGAGGGAUGGAGAAAGAGACUGAUGGUAAAACAAAUUCUUCAAACUCUAUUGCCAAUAACUCAGAUUUCAAACCGUCAGCUGUCAGUAAGCCAAAGCAGAAAAGAGAUAGUUCUGAGAAUCCUGAUAAGGCAUCUGGUUCUCGGAAAAUGCCAAGGCGAGCAGCUGCAUGCUCAGAUUUUAAGGAAAAGUCAGUUCACUUUUCAGACAAAACGUUUCUUGUUGAGUCGAAAAGGGUUAACCUUGUGGAAAAUGAGAUUAUAGCCAUAGGCAUGACUGCUGGAAAGGUCGAUUCCGGUCGACCUAACAGGAGGUUGACAGAUUUUAUAUUCCAUGACGCUGAUCAAAACCCACAGCCAGUUGAGAUACUUGAAUUUAAAGACUUAUUUAUAUCUGGAAGUAUUCUUCCACUGGAAGAAAGUUCUGAAAAAGGGAUGCAAAGGGGUUUUCAAUGCAAAAGUUUUGGAAGGAUUGAAUCUUGGGCAAUAUCAGGUUAUGAAGAUGGCUUUCCAGUCAUUUGGGUUUCCACUGAUUUGGCAGAUUAUGAUUGUUUGAAGCCUGCAAAUAGCUACAGAGGAACAUAUAAUCUGUUCUUUGAAAAGGCUCGUGCUUGUGUGGAGGUUUACAAAAAAUUAUCAAGGAGUAGCGGAGGGAAACCUGAUCUGAGUAUUGAUGAACUGCUUGCAGGGGUUGUCCGUUCCAUGAGUGGUACCAAGAAUUUUCCUCCUGGGACAUCUAUUAAAGAUUUCAUCAUUUCUCAAGGUGAGUUUAUAUAUAAUCAACUCAUUGGCUUGGAUGAGACAUCCAAGAAAAAUGAUCAGAUCUUUAGGGAUUUGCACAUGCUAGCUGCCCUUCGUGAUGAGAGUAAGAAGCAUGAAAGUUUUGUGUCUUCAAGAGUAACUACAUCAGACAGGGUGCUGAAUACAAGUUUGAAAAUUUGUGAUGGCAAGCAAAGGGUGCCGUCUAGUUCAUCUGCUUGUCGGACUGAAGAAGAUCAGGAUAUAAAAUUGGCCAAGUUGCUGCAGGAAGAAGAGUACUGGCAAUCAAUGAAGCCCAAAAAAAAUCGGCGACCUGUUGCUUCAUUGGGAAAGUACUAUACUAAAAUAAAUGAAGAUGAGAUUGCUGAUGAUUAUCCUCUACCUGCAUACUACGAGAGUGGUAUCCAAGAAACUGAUGAGUAUGUUAUCUUUGACAAUGAUAUGGACACAAACAAUCCUGAAGACCUUCCUCAUAACAUGCUGCACAAUUGGUCACUAUACAACUCGGACUCCCGGAUGAUUUCUUUGGAGCUCCUUCCAAUGAAAUCUUGUGCUGAUAUUGAUGUCACGAUUUAUGGGUCUGGGAUUAUGACAGCUGAUGAUGGAAGUGGCUUUUAUCUUGAUGCUGAUCCUAGGCAGUCUACUUCUACUGGAUUUCAGAAUGUGGAAGGGAUUCCAAUUUAUUUGAGUGCAGUAAAGGAAUGGAUGAUUGAAGUUGGAGCCUCAAUGGUUUCUGUAUCAAUUCGAACAGAUAUGUCCUGGUAUAGGCUUGGAGAGCCUUCAAAACAUUAUGCGCCAUGGUACGAACCAGUUCUAAAAACAGCCAGGCUUGCAGUCAGUAUUAUCACUAUGUUAAAGGAGCAAAACCGAGUGGCUCGCCUCUCUUUUAGGGAUGUUAUCCGCAGAAUUUCUGAAAAUCAGAAAGAUCACCCUGCUUUCAUAUCCUCCAAUCAAGCUGCUGUAGAAAGAUAUGUAGUGGUCCAUGGACAGAUUUUAUUGCAGCAAUUUAUGGAAUUUCCUGACGAUACUAUCAGGAAGUGUGCCUUUGUGACUAGUCUUCAGGAAAGAAUGGAGGAAAGGCAUCAUACAAAAUGGUUGGUAAAGAAAAAGGUGGUGCUGAAGAAGGAAGUGAACAUGAACCCAAGAGCUGCAAUGCAGCUUGUGGAAUCCAAAAGGAAGGCUAUGCCAGCGACUACCACAAAACUGAUAAACAGGAUAUGGCAAGAAUACUACUCAAACUACUUACCUGAAUUAAAGGAGAUGGAUACUUAUGAAGUGAAAGUGGAUGAAGAAAUUGACGAUGAAAAAGAAGAAAAUGGAGAAGAAGAUUUUAAAGAUGUUGAAGAGGAAAAGAUGCUAGUUGAUACAAAAAAUGAAAAACCUCAUUUGGCUGCAAUGUCAAGAAAAUUACUCUGUUUGAAUGACAAUGUUAAAUGGGACGGUGAAAUGGUGGGGAGGACGCCUAACGGUGAGGCUCUUUAUAAACGGGCUUAUAUUCGUCAGGUUUUAGUUACAGUAGGUAGUUUUGUUCUUUUGGAAACUAUUGGACCUGCUAAAUUGCCUUCUCUAUAUUUUAUUGAGUAUAUGUAUGAAAAAGAAGAUGGAAGAAAAAUUGUUCAUGGUAGGUUGAUGGUGAGAGGAGUUCAAACUGUUCUUGGCAACAUUUCCAGUUCAAGGGAGGUCUUUUUAACCCAUGAUUGCUUGGAUUUUGAACUGGAAGAUGUUAAAGAAGCUGUGCUAGCUGAAAUCCGACUGCGCCCUUGGGGAUAUCAGCAUCGCAAAGAUAAUGCCAACAAGGAUAAGGCUGACAGAGAUAGGGCUGACGAGAGAAAAAGGAAAGGCUUGCCCAUGGAAUAUUAUUGUAGAAGCCUGUAUUGGCCUGAAAGAGGAGCCUUCUUUCGGCUUCCAUUGCCCAUGGGCCUUGGAACCGGGGUCUGCAGUUCUUGUUCAUUGAAGGAAACUCAAAGGGAGAAGGAAACCUUCAAGAUAAAUUUUCCAAGGAAUGGUUUUACAUUUAGGGGCACUGAGUAUUACAUUCAUGAUUAUGUUUACCUAGCACCACUGUAUCUUGAAACUGAUGGAAAGGAACGGAAAACAUUUAGGGGUACAAGAAACAUAGGGUUAAAACCUUAUGUUGUUUGCCAGUUGGUAGAGAUUGAGGUUUCUACUGGUUGCAAACAAGCUAACCCUGAAUCUGAAAAUGUUAAAGUUAGGCGAUUUUUUAGACCAGAGGACAUUUCAGUGGAGAAUGCCUACAAUUCUGAUAUUCGAGAAGUUUAUUACAGUGAGCUAACAUUGAUAGUUCCAAUUGUGGCUAUAGAAGGGAAGUGUGAGGUUAGGAAGAAACAUGAUCUUCCACCUUUGGAUGGCCCUGUAAUAUUUGAGCAUGUCUUCUUUUGCGACCAUUUUUAUGAUCCUGAUAAGGGAUCUAUCAAGCAGUUGCCAACUAAUAUCAAACUUAAUUCAUCUAAAGAAAGGGUGGUUGAUGAUGCUGCAUAUAGAAAGAAAAAGGGAAAGUGUAAAGAAGGAGAAACUGAGUCCAGUGAUAUUGACAACCAGAAAGAUGUUUUGAAUCGCCUUGCUACCCUAGAUAUUUUUGCUGGUUGUGGUGGCUUGUCAGAAGGUUUACAGAAAGCAGGUGUGUCACACACGAAGUGGGCAAUUGAAUAUGAAGAGCCUGCAGGAGAAGCAUUUAAACUUAACCAUCCAGAGGCUAUGGUGUUUGUUGAGAACUGCAAUGUGAUUUUAAGGGCUAUCAUGUCAGAACAUGGGGAUGCAGAUGACUGUAUAGCAACUCCAGAAGCAGCCGAGUUAGCAGCAAAACUUGAUAACGAGAAAAUUAGUAAUCUGCCUCAUCCAGGACAAGUAGAAUUUAUCAAUGGAGGGCCCCCUUGUCAGGGAUUUUCUGGGAUGAAUAGGUUCAAUCAGAGCACAUGGAGUAAGGUCCAGUGUGAGAUGAUCUUGUCAUUCUUAUCUUUUGCUGAUUACUUUUGCCCAAGUUUUUUCCUUUUGGAGAACGUGAGGAAUUUUGUAUCAUUCAAUAAGGGGCAAACAUUUCGGUUAACUUUAGCUUCACUGCUUGAGAUGGGUUAUCAGGUGAGGUUUGGUGUUUUGGAAGCUGGAGGAUAUGGUGUUUCUCAGUCUCGCAAACGUGCAUUUAUAUGGGCAGCUUCUCCUGAGGAAACACUCCCUGAAUGGCCUGAACCAAUGCAUGUAUUUGCUGGUUCUGAGCUUAAGGUCACCUUAUCUGGAAAUUCCCAAUAUGCUGCUGUUCGAAGUACUGCAAAUGGAGCGCCAUUCCGUGCAAUAACUGUUAGAGAUGCAAUUGGGGAGCUUCCAGCUGUUGGAAAUGGGGCUUCCAUAGCAACUAUGGAGUACAAAAGUGAUCCUGUAUCUUGGUUUCAAAAGAACAUCCGUAGGAAUACGUUGGUGUUGGCUGAUCAUAUUUCCAAGGAAAUGAAUGAGUUAAAUUUGAUCCGAUGUCAGAGAAUCCCAAGACGACCAGGUGCUGAUUGGCGUGACCUCCCAGAAGAAAAGGUUCGGUUGUCCAAUGGACAAACAGCUGAUUUAAUACCUUGGUGCCUGCCAAACACAGCCAAAAGACAUAAUCAAUGGAAGGGCCUUUUUGGGAGGCUGGACUGGGAAGGAAACUUCCCGACUUCUGUGACAGAUCCUCAACCUAUGGGGAAAGUCGGGAUGUGCUUUCAUCCUGAUCAGGAUAGAAUAAUAACAGUACGAGAAUGUGCUCGUUCCCAAGGGUUCCCUGAUAGUUAUAAAUUUGCUGGUAACAUCCAACACAAGCAUAGGCAAAUUGGGAAUGCUGUGCCUCCUCCUUUGGCUUUUGCAUUGGGAAGAAAGCUCAAGGAAGCAAUAGAGACAAAUGCUCAAUCUAAAGGCCAUUAAUCAAGUAUACACUGUAUACUAAAUCUCAAUAUCUUAAAUUCUCCUUUCCUUUUUAUUUUUUGGGUAAGCAGUCAAAGGAGUUCUGCAGUCAAAUAUCUGGUCUGGUUUUUUAUACAUAAGAGGCUGCGGCAUAGGAGAAAAAAUUGCAGUUGUUAGGAUUUAAACUUUAACUCUAUUGUAUGUCACCUCUUAAGGAUAAUUGUGUAAGUUAACUGAAUUAAACUUUAGAUUUAGCACUCCAUUGUUAUUGCUAAAUCACAAUAUUAGGCUGAGAAUUUUUCUUUUCUUUUUUUUUUUUUAUGGAAUAAAUAUGUAAAAAAUAAAUUUUAAAUCCAAUAAAGAAAAUUGA